UAUGUGCACUACGUCAUCAGGAUCUGAGUUGUUGCAGAGUCACUCUGGUGGUUGAGUGUAAACAAGACACUAGCGAGCGAAACAUCUACAAAAUUGUAUAUGAUUUAUUCUAUCAUUUGUGAGUAUUGAUCGAACAGUCGUGAUCUCUAGAUCGCGUUAUCCUCAUCGAAAGUCUGUCAUCGGGUGAUUUAAAGUGAGUUUUUCUCACAGAUAUCGUCUCUACACGCUGGCUAGCUAACGUUAGCCUGUUAGCUUUGUGAACACAGAUCUUCUCUACAGGAGAAACAAACUCCUGUAUGUCCGGGAUUUUCACGGAUUUGGGUCCUUUGGCCUUUGAAGGCUGUCUAACAUAAUGGCUGCUGUGGAGAAAGUAGGCAAGGAGUGUGAGGAGGAGACACUACAGACCGCUUUUAAGAAACUUCGUGUGGAUGCUGAAAGUUCCACAACUACAGUCCGCGUCUCUGAGUCUUUGGCUUCCAGAUUGGUUGCUCGAAGCAGCCCGGAAGGAGCCAAAUCCAAGAUGAGCUCCUCGAAAGAUAACUGGCUUGGAUGCUCAAGAAAGUCAUCAAGAGGAGCUGUAAGAAGCCAGCGACGUCGAAGAUCAAAAUCUCCGAUCCUUCAUCCUCCAAAGUUUACUUACUGCAGCAAAAUGUCUCCCCCUCCUGACCAGCUCAAGCACAAGACCCCUCCAGAGCCCGACGACACCAGCGCCGUCAAGAACGAAGUAGCAUUCUCAGCGCCGUGCUCCACUGUAUUCGGUGUCGUCGGCUAUGAAACCCACCUCCCUUCUCCAAAGGGUCAGGAAUCACCCCUCAGUCCCAGAAUGCCCUUGGAUGACGAGAGCGCUGCUGAAAACAGGCCCACUUUAGGAUGUGGGCCAGGAUCUCAGGAGGCAUGCGCAGGUAAUGCUGCUCCGUCUGACUUUCAAACUCUGUCCAAGUUGCAGGAGGCCGGUCAGUGUCCGUGUGGGCAGCGGGAAUGCCAGUGUCACAGCUGGCAGGGGGUCGAGGUCUACUCAUUCACCGGCCUUCGAGAUGUGAUCUCUGAAUGCGAGCGGAAGCUUCCCAGCCUGCAGGACAGUUCAUCCAACAGCAGAACUUCUGUUGGGUCGUCCAGCUCCCCUCGCUCUUGUUCCGAACAGGCCCGCGCCUACGUGGAUGACAUCACCAUAGAAGACCUUUCCGGAUACAUGGAAUAUUACCUUUACAUCCCCAAGAAGAUGUCGCACAUGGCUGAGAUGAUGUACACCUGAACAAUACAUUUCAUGAAGCAAACUAAAGCAUUAUAAAGAUGGAUAUUGGGUACUUUUAAAGAAAAACUAAUAUUUAAAUAAAUAAAAGGUAGCAAUGAAGAUGUUAUCUAAAAGCAGUUCUACUUAAUUGUUGUAUUGAGGAUUUAUGAUGUUUGUUCUUUCUCUAGAACAUCCAGACAUGUGCUGACUGAGAAUCAUGGGAGCAUGGCUCAUUCUGUGAUUUACUACUCCGUUUCCUUUGUUUUUGUUUGAUUUCGUGAUAACUGUUUUGUUUGGUUAACAUUUUAAAGUUGCCAAAAGUCUAUCCUAGAGACUGUAGGUUUGAUUUCACUGAUAUAUGCAAACUUACACCAUGCCAAGGAUGUGAUGUCAUCUCAUUUCUCAAUAAAACAGCUUUUUGGGGAUUGUUCAUGA